AUGACUACCAGAUUCGCGCUCAAAUGCGCCAAGGAGUCCGCGGGUACCAUACCGCUGCCCAACAUCUGCAUCGGGACCUGGGCAUGGGGCGACAACGCGACUUGGAAGAACGCGUCGGCGGAUGCGCGCCAGCUGCUGAACGGCGCCUGGGAGACGAUGCAGAAGCAGGGUCUCAACUUCCUCGACACGGCUGAGAUCUACGGCAACGGAGAGUCGGAGCGCAUCAUCAAGCAGCUUCGGGAUGGCAGUCCGGAUGAGUUCAAGCAGAAGCUUGUCACUGCCAGCAAGUACAUACCUAUCCCUCUCCCGCCAACGAAACUGUUCAUGCCAUAUGGCGUGGUCAACAGCUGCCGUAAGAGCCUGGAGAGGAUGGGCCUCGAGUCGAUGGAUCUGUACCAGAUACAUGGCCCUAUUCACUUCCUGAACUCCAUCGACUCUGUCGCUGGCGGACUCGCCAAGUGUGUUGAAUUGGGACUCACACGCGCCGUCGGAGUCAGCAAUUACAGCAAAGACGAAAUGAUCCGGAUGGAUGACGCUCUGAAGACAAGGGGUCUGCGACUUGCGAGCAACCAGGUUGAGUUCUCUUUGCUGAGAACACUGCCAGAAACCGGCGGUCUACUCGAGGAGUGCAAGAAGAGAGGCAUUCUGCUCAUGGCCUACAGCCCCCUGGCUAUGGGGCGCCUGACCGGUAAGUACAGCGCCGAGAAUCCUCUCCCAUCAGGGCGCAAAUUCAGCAACUAUCCAAUUGAGCAAAUUAGCCCGUUGUUGGAUAUCCUGCGUAAAGUGGCUGCAGCACAUGAUGUGAAGCCAAGCGCUGUGGCUCUAAAGUGGGUAAUCCAGAAGGGUGCGAUUCCUCUUGGAGGCGUUAAGAACGCCACUCAGGCGGAAGAGAAUGCCCGCGCUGCCAGCGAAGACUGGCUACUGUCUGACGACGAGGUUACUGAGCUCGAGAAGCAUUCGGUUGUCGGAACAACUAACUGGAUGUGGCAGCACGGGUGA